AUGUCAUCUAACCCAUACAACAAUGCAUUCAACAGUAUAUAUAGCCAAGAGAGUGGCAAGGACAACGAAUCGGCCGCACUAACACCGGGCAUCAACAAUAAUGAUGACCAAGACCGGCUACAUGUUCAAAAUGAGGACACCUUUCUCUCGCGAAUAUUUGGAUUAAAUUCGAUAUACAAUCAGUUGCAAGAUAACUAUCAAUACUAUGAUCCUGAGUAUGACAGUACAUUUCAACAACAACAACAACAACAACAACAACGAAGAGCGUUGCUUAGUGAGGAUGUAAUUGGCAACAACAGAGGUAGUGACAGCGUGGGAGGCAGUGCGAUUGGGGCUGGUCUAGCUCCCUCAAAUCAAGAGGAUCUUGAUGAACUGCUACUACCCAGUGCUAUACCAAUGGAUAACCUACAAAAUAUGCAAAACAUAGUGACAAACUCCAACAGCUUACUUGACUCUGAAUCAGAUUCGGACUUGUCGUCGAGUUCGGACUCAUAUGUGAGGCCAAGACCAAACAGAGCAAAGUUGGAUAAGAAGCAGCAACAGCAGCAACCACAGAACAAAGGUGUCGAAAUGCACCUCAAUCAAAGUCAAACUGCACCUCCAAAAGCACCCCUUACACAAUUAGCACCAAACCCUCAGCCUUCAACAGGGCCCAUAAUCGUCGAUUCACAACACACCCUACCAUUGCACAACAUGACCAAGCUGUAUCGAAAACCACCUCAACAACAGUAUGUAAACACAAAUUACAAGCCAACAAGAACAAGAGCCAAUCGAUUGGUUAUUCCUCCAAAAGAACGGGCGUUGUACUUAUGGGCCAAUAUCACCAAUAUGGAUGAGUUUUUAAAUGAUGUCUACUAUUACUAUCGCGGUAAGGGACUACUAAAUAUAGUACUUUCCAGAAUUGUUGAUUUAAUUAUACUUGUCUUUAUCAUUGGGUUCACAAUAUUUUUGAAAUGGGGUAUUGACUACUCAUUAUUUUACGAACAGUAUCGCAAUGGUAUUCACUAUGUCUUGGCUGAUUUGAUUACAGAAGAUUUUGCGAGCCGAGUCCCCUUCUUGGUUAAAUUUCUAGUGUUUGGAUUUACACUAUAUAUUAUACUUCGAUCAAUUCAAUUGUAUUUUGAUUUCACUUACAAGUUGAAAGAAGUUCAGAAUUUUUAUCGAUAUUUAUUAAAUGUUGGUGAUGAUGAACUACUGACAAUUAGCUGGAAAACAAUUGUUGAGCGAUUGAUGCUACUUAAAGACUACAAUAGUUUGACAUCGUCGCUGAACCCGACUGAAAACCAUUACAUUAAUGACUUGUCAUCAAAAGUACGCUUGGAUGCUCAUGAUAUAGCCAAUAGGAUAAUGAGACGUGAUAAUUAUAUGAUUGCGUUGAUUAACAAGGAUGUCUUGGACUUGUCAGUAUUGUUUAUGGACCAAAAACAAUCAUUGACAAAGACUUUGGAGUGGAAUUUGAAAUUGUGUAUUGACAAUUUUGUAUUCAACCAGCAGGGACAGAUCAAUGGAUCAAUACUCAAAGAUUACAACCGGAAUCAGUUGGCACGCGAAUUGACGUCAAGAUUCAAGUUGGCGGCAAUGAUCAACGUCGUCCUUUGUCCAUUCAUUGUGGUUUAUUUUGUCUUGUUGUAUUUUUUCAAGUAUUUCAAUGAAUAUAAAUCAAACCCAAGCUCGAUUGUUGGAGUGAGACAAUAUACUCCUUAUGCUGAGUGGAAACUUCGCGAGUUUAACGAAUUGCCGCAUUUUUUCCAAAACAGGUUACAAUUAUCAAUGACGCCAGCCAAUACUUAUAUUGAUCAAUUCCCCAAGGGAUUUCUAGUCAUAAAUGGAAUGAAGUUGAUUAAUUUCUUAAGUGGAUCAGUAUUGGCUGUCCUUGUUGUUUUGGGUAUUUUCUUGGACAACGAAUCACAAUCGUUUUGGUCAUUUGAAAUAACGGAAGGGAAAACUACCUUGUUUUACAUUUCUGUUUUGGGUACCAUUUGGGCCAUCACUUCAUCUUCUUCUUCAACGGCAGCUGCUACUGCAACUGAACAAAAUCAGCAACAUUUUUCCACAACUCGGACUAUACAUGAUCCUGAAGCUAAUAUACGCUAUGUUUCGAAAUUUACGCAUUAUUUACCUCGAUCAUGGAAGAAACGGCUACAUACUGUCCAAGUGAAGAAUGAGUUUUGUCAGUUGUAUUCAUUAAAAAUUGUCAUUAUCAUUUAUGAAAUCCUUAGUUUGAUUUUAACCCCGUAUAUCCUAUGGUUUAAAGUAUCUCAGAACAGUGGCACCAUUAUUGAUUUCUUCAGAGAGUACAGUAUACAUGUUGACGGGUUAGGUUAUGUUUGCUAUUUUGCCAUGUUUAAUUUUGAAGAAAAGGAUAAGAAUAUGAUGGCUAGUGGGAAACAACGUCGAAAAAAGAGAAAUAAACGGAAUUCAAGAAAUCAGCAAAACUCAGACACACCUCUGCCAGGACAAGAUUCGGACCCUAGUGAUGAAGAGGGCGAUGAUGAUGACGAUGGCGAAAUAUAUAGCUUGCAACGAGAUCAUAAGAUGGUCAAAUCGUAUUACCAUUUCAUGCAAAAUUACAACGAUGAAGAUACAGCAGCUGCUGCAAAUGGGACAAGACCAAUCAGAAGAAACGCCAAACCACUCACGAGUUCCAUCACUAGUCAAUUCAACAGUAAUGCAACACAAAUGGGCUAUAAUGCUGAAGAAAAUGAUGGUGAUAAUGAUGAUGAAUUGACUGAUUCGAUAUUCAAGCUUAACUAUAAUAAAAUAGACGGCGAUUUGGGCAAUGAUCUAUCAAGGAAUAAAUCCAAGCGGAAAGGUGGCGUAUUAGGAAUGUUGAAUCAAUUUUAUAAGCAAGAUAUUGGCCGCAAUGUAUAG